AUGUACGUGCGAAUGGCAUCUGGGCCGGAUGCGUUGCCGUGUGCCUACGCUUACGUCGAAUUCUCGCAACAAGCAUCCGUCUCCAACGCUCUGCAGAAUGAUGGAUUCGAGUUCAAAGAGAGACCUCUCAAGUAAGUAACCGUCACCCGUCUUCUUUUUUUCAUUUAGUUAAUUUAAGGAUACAGCACUCUCGUGUUGCCAUCAUCAAACCACAGGCGAAGACUGACGAGCAAGCCCUCGGAGAAGUUGAAGAGGCUAUUAGACUCGGAAAGACUUCUGAUGGUGAGACCUCGCGUUGGAACGUCCUUCCACAUCUUCUAUUUCAGACCGUGAUCGCCGUCGUUCUCGUUCUCCGCGUCGCCGUCGCUCGCCAUCUCCAAUUCGUCGCAGAUCUCGCUCUCGUGGGCGCGACAACCGUGACAGAAGACGUAGUCGCGACCGUCGUUCCAGAAGCCGUGAUCGUGACAGAAAGAGAAGCAGAAGCCGGGACCGCAAACGCCGAAGCCGCAGUCGCGACAAGGAUCGUGACACGAAAAAGCGAUCGAGAAGCAGAGACAGAGACCGCAAGAAACGUUCGAAGUCCCGCGACAGAAAACGUGAUCGUUCAAGAUCGAGAUCGAAAGACCGGAAAAGGGACAAAAAGAGAAGCAGAAGUCGUUCGCCGGAAAAGAAAAAGUCGAAAGAAGAUCGUCAUGCGGAAAAAAAGGAAAACGAGCAUGAGCUGCGCGAGAAGCUGUUGGAGAAAAAGGCAGCGAGGAAGGAUUCAUCGGACAGUGAAUGGGAAGAACGAACUGCUCCGUCAAACGGAGCCGAAAAAGAAGAGGUUGCCGGAAAUGGAGACUUCCACAAGCACGCUGAGGCUCAGUGA